UUCUUUUUUUUUAUUUAUUUUUUUGAUGAAUUAAAGAAGCUUCUAGUUCUCCACAUUCCGCACUCUUUUCUGCUCUCUCUCUCGCUCUCUGAUCCGUUCACUCAUUGUCGUUCCUAAUCCCAAAUGGCAAAGCGCCUGAUCCCAUCUUUCAAUCGCGUUCUGGUCGAGAAAAUCGUUCCCCCUACUAAAACCAACUCCGGUGUCUUACUUCCCGAGUCAACCACCAAGCUGCAAUCUGGAAAAGUUGUUGCUGUGGGCCCAGGAGCUCGCGAUAGAGAUGGGAAGCUUAUUCCUGUUAGUGUAAAGGAAGGAGAAGCAGUUCUUUUGCCUGAUUUUGGAGGAACUGAGGUUAAGCUUGGUGAUAAAGAGUAUCAUCUGUAUAGAGAUGAGGAUAUCUUGGGAACUCUUCAUGAUUAACGCAUAGUAUUGCACUAUCAUUGUCAAAGGGUUGGAUCCUUAAGCAUGAGGCAGUUCAUGAUUAAUGGAGAAAACAGGCCUUCUUGUCCCUGCAAUUACAGGCUGUUGUGCUAUUUUGCAAUUUUGUAACUUGUUCCAGUUAGACAUUUGCUGCCCCAAAAUAACCAAAGAUCAGGAGUUUAAUGGUGCUAAUUUUAUCAAAGAUUGUUGUUUGCCU